AUGUCUGAAUCAAAGGCGUUCCCAACUCUCACACCAGUGCAAUUCUCCCCAAACUUGCUCGACUCGUUGGAUAAAUCGACGGACUCAACAGUAACAAGACAACAACGCCAGUCUCAAGCCAUCUCCGCACAGGUCGGCAAGCAGCUUGACGAGUUGUUGAGCGAAAAGGCAGAAAAGUUGGACAAGACGAUCGAGUCCAAGCUGUUGGCCCCAGAGUCAGACAAGCAGAAGCUCCAGGGUUCACCUGAGCUCAACGCCAAACUGGACUCAAUCUACAAUACCCUCAAACAAUCGGCAGAAGCCAAGGUUGCCAAGUCUCCCUCCGUGUUGGCAGCCGAAAAGGCUGUCUCCCAAUGUCUCUUGAAGAACAAGGGCACUCCGCUCAAUUGCUGGGACGAAGUGCAGAGCUUCAAGAAGCUUGCCGGCAACCCUUAG